GUUGGAUGGGAUGAUCUCCAGAGGUCCCUUGCAACACAAACAAUUCUGUGAUUCUGUGAAACAGUUGAUUAAUCAGUCAGCCAGGAUGUUCUUAGAGCUUUGAAUUCCCUAUUAAGUUUUAUUGAACAUGCAGUCAUGGAGCAGUUAAGUCCAUCUAGAGGAAAUUUAUGAAGGAAAACCCUUAGUGGAAAGACUCAUUUGUCUUAGGCAUGUGCUGCUGAGCUGCAUUAAGGGGCUAUACUUAGUGGCCUGUAAAAAUAAGCAGUGGGUUUAUAUUAUGUAAUCAGCUUGUGUUGACAAACAGCUAUUGGAAAACUUAAAGUAAUCCUUGAACCUGUCAUCAGUCUUGCACCCAAGUUUCCAAUAGAGAAACAGCCCCAGGGGUAACAUCCUCUAUCCUCAACAAGCUGGGGCUCACUUGCUGCCUCUGGAAGGAUCAGGGCCUAUAGUGAGAUGCAGUACAGCAGUGAUUAGAAAGAAAUUCAACAUUGGGUUUUUUAAAAUUUUAUUUUAUUGUUUGCAUUGCCCAUAUCCCUCAGUAGCUAGUUACUUUUCCAGAUCAUUUAUGAUUGAUUGAACAUGAGAGAAGUUGGAGCAGAUUACUUGAAAAUGCUGCUGAUGUUGUUUCUCUCAUGUAGGAGCUGUCUACUUGCUUGAAUGUAAAAAAAGUUUCAGUGCAAUUUUUUUAUAUGGUAGCUCAGUUUUCUUGGAAGUUUGAGGGACUUUUUAAAAGUUUUCCUGGAAAUUAUAGUUACUUUACAAAUAUAUUUAUAAAAUGUAUUCUGUUUUAAUUCAGUUUUGCAAAGUAGUGGGAAUUGCAUCAAAUAGUUAUAAGUACAUUGUUGUAGAGCCCUUUCAAAAAAACUUCAUCAGAGUGGAAAAAUGGCAAUCACUUUUACAAAACACAUGGUGACUCCCACCAAAUAAAAGCAUUUAUCCUGGUGUGCAUGGGUUCUUCAUAAUUUUUUACUGGUUUUUAAUGCCCUAUGAAUGAAUCAUGGUGUAGGUCCAUGAGUCUUCCUCAUCCCUGCUUUUAAACCUUUUAUUUACCUUAUAUUAUAAAUACCUUACAUUUAUUAAAUGACAGUGGAUCAUUUACCACUAUCUAGUGCUGAGAUGCUUAAGCAACUUUAGAUUAAUAGUUACUGAAUUUAGUAGUUUAACUAUUUCAUCCCUGAUUUCAUUUAAAACACUUGGGUAAAUACUUCAAAGUUUGAGUUUUUUAACUUGUACAGCUGAAUGAAGUCUCUGAAUGAAAAGCUAGGUCUCCACACAAAACCUUUUGGGUUUAUUUUGUCUGAAAAAAAUGCAGCUGUAGAACUGGUGAUCUGGAGAUGUGAGAAGGUCAGUGUGAUCUGUAUUACAGCACAUUAAGGACACAGAAAAAGCCAUGAAAAGUUGUAAAUGGGAAUACAUGCACUGGUCUUUCUUCCUUACAUCUUCUAAAUCUGCAAUGACUAGAAUAACAGAUACAAACUGAUCUUCUGCUACACUGACUAAAUCCUUUUUUAAAACAGAUUAUUUUUAUUUCUUGACAUUACUACAAUGUGUACAUAACAUACAUGGCCACCACUGCCACAAUCAUUGUAUAUGUUGUGUUAAUAUCUAUUGUUCACCACAUUGGAAUUCUUUAAUUAUUCACCUAGUCUGUAAUUAUUCACCAUUCAUUUAUUCAAUCAUUCACCUAGAGAAAAAAACUAAACAAAAACUUGUACAUAUCUGGGAGUUAGUGCUUUCUGUUUUGCUGCUUUCCAAGAUUGCAAAGUCAGUUUUAAUUGUGUUAAUGACUGAUGCAGAAACAUUUUUCAUUGUAGUAUUGCUGUGUGCUGAUGACUCAUGUGCCUGCUCUAAUUCAGAUCUGUGCUUCUGAAUCUGCAUGGUUCCUAUUCAGUGUUUCAGUGAAAGGAUCCUGUCAUGAUCUUGUUCAACAGAAAGUUAAUUAUGUUAACAUUUCAUUCUCAUAUUGUCACUCACAACAAGCUGUGUAGGGAGCUGAUCACAAGUACAUCAUUAUCUCUGCAUUUAUAGAAUGGAAAAUUAUCAAAGAAAAUGAGUCACAAACUUUCUUUAGAGGUGAAUCUCAGAACUGAGUGUUCAACAGCUUUGGGCCCACCAAUCCUGCAGCAUUGUUGACUUGUGUGACUCUACAGAAAUGUUUUAGUUUUUGUCUUUAGUUUUUGUUUGUUUGCCAGCAGUCUUAAGUACCACACCUUAAUCAACUUGUAAAGGAAAAAAGGUGCAAUGGAAAAUAUUGUGAUAGAACUGAAGUGAUUAUGGUGAUUUUCCCAAUAGUUAGAAUUGAAGCAUUCAUGUUUGCUCAUUUGAGAGCAGAAGCAGGGAUUUAUUUACUGCAGCUUUAUGGGUUUUUUCUGGGAAAUGCUUGUCUUGGGCACACAGGGGCUUUCCAUCUUGUGUUAAGCAAAGCUCUGUGGUGGACAUGCAUGAAAGAGCCUGGUACUCAUCAAGUUCUUGUAUCUGCUGCUGAGUGUUCCAGAGGCACAAGGUAAAGGAAUAUUGUUCCUGUAAAGCUAUACCAAAGAUUCCACUUAGGAAAAUGGGGGACUGGUUUUUCUUUUCUUUUUUCUUCUUUUUUUUUUUUUCCACUUCCCUCAAAGUGGGCAUAUUUCCCCCUUUUUUUCUCAUUUAAUUUUUAGGACUAAAAAUUUAAAGAACUGUUAGUUCCAUCAUCAGAAGUUAAAUAACCAAUUUUUUUCCCUGGAAAUCUUCUGAAAAAUGUUACUAAAAGAGUUAUAUUUCAGUGUCCAUGAGUAAGCUUGAUUUGAAUGGCAAAUAACUUCCUUCCAUGAAUAGGGUGUUUGCUAAAAUAAUUAUUUCAUAGUGUAAAGGGAGAGACACAUGCUGCUGUCUUCAUCCUGGAAUAUAACUGACCUAAUGCUGUUAGACACAGUAAAAUAUUCUAAAUUAGUUAGAAUGUUUUAUGGAUACUGUGGUGAGGGACUUCUCCUUCAGCAUCUGCACAACUUUAUGCUUUCUAGAAAGAAUUCUCAAACCUCAAGGAAAGCUGUGUAGAUAUUGAUUAUUUCAGGAUGAAGUGAUGAGUGUUGUUCCAUCAAGCUUUAUUCUCUAUUCUGCCAUGCAGGUCAGAUAUCAUCUUUCUCUUUUGUUUCCCUCUGGUUCAGCAUGGCCAGUGCUCUCCAGGAAACCCCUUCACUCAAGGCCUCUCAGUUGGAGGAUGUUGAUGCAAAGCUCUCCUUCCUACCUGAAAGGCUGAGAAAGAAGCUGCUUCCUUUUCAGGAAAAGGGCAUCAUAUUUGCACUUCAGAGAGGUGGCAGGUGUAUGAUUGCUGAUGAGAUGGGGCUAGGAAAAACCAUUCAAGCAAUUGCCAUUUCAUAUUACUAUAAACAUGAAUGGCCUCUCCUAAUUGUAGUGCCUUCCUCCCUGAGAUACCCUUGGGUGGAUGAGAUGGAGAAGUGGAUUCCAGAGCUCUCUCCAGAUGACAUUACCAUCAUUCAGAACAAAACUGAUAUUGGGGGAAUAUCAACGAGCAAAGUAACAAUCCUGGGGUAUGGGUUGUUAACAUCUGAUGCACAGACCUUGGUGGACACUUUGUACAGGCAGAAGUUUAAGGUGGUUGUGAUUGAUGAGUCUCACUACAUGAAAUCCAGAAAUGCCACCCGUAGCAAGAUUUUACUGCCAAUUGUUCAGAAAGCUCUCAGAGCUGUUCUCCUUACUGGAACUCCUGCUCUAGGAAGACCUGAAGAGCUCUUCAUGCAGAUUGAGGCACUGUUUCCAGGAAGGUUUGGAACUUGGAAUGAAUAUGCUAAAAAAUACUGUGAUGCUCGUGUCAGGUUUUUUGGUAAAAGAAGGCAAUGGGAUUGUAGAGGAGCUUCAAACUUAGAGGAACUACAUCAACUUUUAAGUGAAAUAAUGAUCAGAAGAUUGAAGAAUGAUGUCCUAACUCAGCUGCCUCCCAAAGUCAGGCAGCGUAUUCCAUUUGACCUCCCACAAGCUGCAGCAAAGAGUCUGAAUGCCACUUUUGCAGAGUGGGAGAAAUUAAUGAGAAGUCUGAGGUCAGAUGCCACUGAAAGCAACUUUUCUGAAGUCAUGAGUCUGAUCACACGCAUGUAUAAGGAAACAGCCAUUGCCAAGGCAGGAGCAGUCAAGGACUACAUCAAAAUGAUGCUUGAAAAUGACAAACUGAAGUUCCUGGUCUUUGCCCAUCACCUGAGCAUGCUGCAGGCCUGCACAGAGGCAGUGAUAGAGAGCAAGGCUCGCUACAUCCGCAUCGAUGGGAGUGUUCCCUCUGCAGAGAGGAUCCACCUCGUCCAUCAGUUCCAGAAGGACCCCCAGACCCGCGUUGCUAUUUUGAGUAUUCAGGCAGCCGGUCAGGGUUUAACAUUCACUGCUGCCAGUCACGUUGUGUUUGCUGAAUUGUACUGGGAUCCAGGGCACAUUAAGCAGGCAGAAGACAGAGCACACCGCAUUGGGCAGUGCAGCUCAGUGAACAUUCACUUCCUGAUUGCCAAGGGAACCAUGGACACCUUCAUGUGGGCCAUGCUCAACCGCAAGGCCAAAGUCACAGGCAGCACCUUGAAUGGCAAGAAAGAGAAAAUGCAGGCUGAAGAAGGGGAUAAGGAAAAAUGGGAUUUUUUGAGUUUUGCUGAAACCUGGACCCCAAAUGAAAAUCUAGAAGAUCCCCAAAAUGAACUUUUAUUUACGCAUUUUGAAAAGGACAGACAGCACGACAUCCGCUCCUUCUUUUCCCCCAAAUCCUCCACGGAGAAGAAACACAAAAGAUUUUCUGGUGAUGAAUUGUUAUGCAAUGAUUCAGAACCUUCUGCAGGCACAAAAGAAGAGGGUGCAGAGAAGAGCAAUGAGAAUCUGGAUUCCACAAGGAUAAGCGAGGUGCAGGCAGUUUGUGAUGAAGAUACUUGUGAACAUGAAGCCAAAAGAGCAAAGAGCAUAAGUGGAUCAACCCCAGUCAGCUCCAGUAAUAAAAAGAAAACACCUCUGAAUGGAAAAAAGCCUUCUUUGUUUCCAGAAAAAAACUCUUCAAGUGAAAGUCCAGAUUUAGAUGAGGUUUGGCACUGCAGUGCCUGCACUUACACUAACAGUGCUCUGCUGCCUUACUGUGAGAUGUGCCAUUGCCCCCAGAGCAGGGAUGGUGAGAGAAAUGGUGAAGCUCCCAGGAGCCAGACUGAGGAAGAGGAGCCCAGGAGAGAUGGAGAGAGAGCAGAGGGCAGUGCUGAGGGCAGAAGAGGAAAUCUGGAGGAACUGGGGACCCACAAAUCUCUGGAAAUCAGAGAACAGGAAACUGUUGGCACUGAAAAGGAAGAAAGUGAAAAAGAAUGUGGAGAAGAUAAAUCAGACAGAUUCCAAGUAUAUGAUGGGCUUAUGUUCUGUGCAAGCAGGAAUACUGACAGAAUCCACCUCUAUACAAAGGAUGGUGAACCACUGAAUCAUAAUUUCAUUCCACUGGACAUACAGCUGGAUAACUGGGAAGAUUUACCAGAGGCUUUCCAGAACAAAAAGAAUCGUGCAUUGAUCCUGAGGUUUGUGAAAGAAUGGACUCAUCUAACAGCAAUGAAACAGAGGAUUGUCAGAAAAAGUGGUCAGAUAUUCUGCAGUCCCAUUCAUGCUGCAGAGGAGCUGUGUAAAAAGCAGUCAGUGGGCGGCAGCACAAAGAGGUAUGUGACCAGGGAGGACGUGGCAGCAGCCUCGCUGUCCAAGGCCAGCAGCAGCGGGGGCAGCGUUCGCCUCAUCUCCAGAGAAAUGGACAAAGGUGCUGCUCCUAAACCACCCACAAAACAGGUUCCGGAAGCUGGCAGUGCUCCCUCAGCCCUCCCUGCAGGGCAGACCGAUGCCGGGGGCCCCUCCCUGUGCCGGGGGUACCUGCAGGCGCUGGACGAGCAGGGGACCCCGCUGUGCCUGAGCUGCCAGCAGCCAACAGCAGCGCCCCCGGGCGGCCCGGCCUGGGACACGCGCUUCUGCUGCCGCGCCUGCCAGGAGCAUUUCUGCAUCCGCUCCAGCCAGGCCUACCUGCGCUCCAGCGUGUUCCUCAUCGAGCACGGCGUGUGCCAGGCCUGCCACAACAACGCCCAGCAGCUUUUCCUCAGCGUCAGGGAUGCACCCAGGAGCCAGAGGAAGCAGCUUCUGGAGAGCUCUUGGAUGUCUCACCUUCCCCUUGGGCAGCUGAAUGAGAUGAUCAGGAGCCCGGCGGAGGGGCAGUUCUGGCAGGUGGAUCACAUCCAGCCCGUGUACAGCGGAGGAGGACAGUGCUCCCUGGAGAACCUUCAGACCCUGUGCACAGCCUGCCACAGGGAGAGAACUGCAAAACAGGCCAAGGAAAGAAGCCAGCUGAAGAGAAAGUCUUUAGCUACAAAGCAUGCCUGUGAUAUCACCAAAUUUUUGGUGAAGAAGUAAAAUGCACAGUACAUUCAGGUACAUUGUAAGGGUGAAACCAAUACAGUUAGUGUUUUCCUCUUGCACUGAUUCAACAGAAAUUGCUGAUAUCAUGCUAUUGGUAGAGAGAAGAAAAUAAGGAAUUAAACCAAAGAAAUUAUCUGUAACAUCCAAAGUACUUGAUCAUCAUGUUUUUUAAUGGCCCUGGUUUAAAGCUAAAUUUCUGUGCAUAACUUUAAUGCUAUUUUGCAGCAUUACAGUUUCCUCUUGCAGGGUAGUUAGGGCUGCAAGAAUUUAAGGAAGUUCUGUUGAACCUGCUGGUGCUAUUACAGGGUUCAAUUGUAUUGGGAACUUCAUGGACCUAGAAGAUGUCUUGGCUUUAAUUCUUUUUGUCACUCACAUACCAAAACCACAGAAUAAAAUACAGUGCUGAUGACAAAAACUAGCACAAGUGAUUUGUUUCCUCUAGUGCUGCUCACCCACAGAAGGCUAACUCCUGGCAUGGGCCUGACUUACAGGAUUUUGGCAUUUAGAAUUGAUGUCAGUUGAAUUCUGGUUUUAUUUAAACCAGCUUGUAUUGAAAUGUUACUCAGGAUAGGAAAUGUUAAUAUUAGCAAUUAUCUUAUCAAAGGUCGUUUCUGGGAAAUGCUACAGUCAAAUUCUCCUUAAUGAGAUUGCAGAGAUACUGGUAAUUUUGGACUGCUUACCUGGCUUGCUUUACAGUUACUUUAAAUACAUACAGUUCUUUCUCCUGAUGAUUUUUUUAAUGCUCUGUCUCUCCUCCCCCCCAGCUGCUGAGCUGUAAGCUCCUAAAGCAGAGCUGUGCACAAAACAGUGCAGGCCUGAAAUUUCAACUACAGCUAUUUAAAAUAAGCUGAGUUUUCCUUCUGAGAAAAAUCUUUAAAGUUACAACUCUUGAACAGAGACAAAGACUGUUUAAGACAAGUUAGUUGCAUGAGUGCACUAUUUUCUACAGCCAAACUAACAGGCCUUUAGCUGUGUUGAUGAUGUUUGUGGUGUCUCAGUAUGAUAAAGGAAUCACCUCUCCAGCACUUUAAAUGACCAGGUAGCAAUAGCCUGAUAACCAAGUAUGAGGGACUUUCAAGUUUCUGCAGCCUUUACAAGAGGCCACACUGCAGUGUAAUAUUUCAUUAGAGAGGAGGAAACCAGAAGUAUUGGGGAAAAAGCUUAAGCUAAAUUUUACUUACUGGUAAAUCAGGAAUUGUUUGGUGUAAUUAAUUUUAAAGAAGCCACACAGUUUAAGAGCAGCUACAGGUCUUUAUCAUACUUACCCUGAUGUGUGAGGAAACACACAAACAGCCUGGAAAACAAGGUCUGUGGCAAGAUUUUACCUUGUUAACUCUUCUUCAUCCUGAAAAUGUAUUUCUAGUUCAUAGAACUUUAUGUGAGGAAAAAAGACACUGAUCCCUGUCCCCUCAAAGAAGUUUUAGGGUAACACCUGGGAUCUGCUGCUACCAGCAGAACUCAAUCUCUGUACUCAGUGUAGUCACAAUAUCCCUCCUGGAUCAGAGCAUGCAAGGAGGGCAUGGAAAAGCAUGGGAAUACUGAGAGCCAACAGCACGUUCAUAUUUAUUGAGUGAUGUUCACAAUACUGUAGCUGUUUGUACAUCUGUAAAGUAACGCUGAUCUGCUGAUUCUCAUUCAGACAGAUGAAGGUCACUGUAAAGCAACAUUGGCACAGGUGGGGUGAGGGGCCAGAGGUGACAGAGCUGUCCCCUCCUGUCCCAUGGAUGACAGGGAGUGCAGACAAAUAGCCUGGGUGAACACCAGGGAGUUGCUCACAGUGAAACACGUCCGGGGUGUCACUGCCAUCCAGCUUUGGCCCUUGCACCAAGGGAAGGAUACAGAGUAUCCCUCACCUCAGUGAUGCACUGCAGGCUGUCAGUCAGACUCACUGUCCACUUAGUUCUGUCUUCUGGGAGAAGUGAAGAGAUCUGGACAACCAGGAGACUUUAGCACAAACUAGAGUAUGAACUGUACACUUUAAAUAAAAAUAAGGAUAUUUCAGAAGCACUUGAAACAGUGAUUAACCAAAAAAUACUGGGCUCUGUGAUUAUGAUUAGUAAUAAAUAUAAAUUACUUAAUGUUUUUAUAUAUAUCGAUUUAAGUAGACUAACGUCACUUGAUAAAGUCUGAUCCUGAAGUGUAAAGCAGCACA